AUGGUGGAUAACGAACAGGUACCCCUCGCAGUGUCACGCCUCUUGGCAGCGAGGUACCCCACUUUGGAUGUUGACCCCUCCUGGUUGUCAAAUUGUGUCAGAAACGUCCGCCAGCGUGGCUUGGGGUCGUACGCUGCAUCGUCCGAUCAGCUGGCGGAAGCAGUGAGGCAAGAGCUGCUUGACUCGGAUCUAGCCAAAGUAGUGCCCGCUUCAUACAGCCGUAUCAAUGCUGCUGCUCUCACCUCUAGCUCUGGCAAAAUCGGAGAAUCCGGUCGUGGAGCCAUCUUGGUACAGAUCGAAAGCAUGAUCGAUAUUGGCUACUCUGCUUCCUACCAGCUCGAAAUUGCCCAUGCGCGAAGAGACGCUCGGUGUGCCAACAUGGAUCCGAAUCAGGUACCAGCAGAGUCAAACACUGCGACGGAAGCAGACCACAUGGCCGACUUCCAAGCGCAACAAGAUGACAAGAUCCAAGCCACCACCGUGUACCCCAGGAGAAUGCUCAAGCUCGAGCUCGCGGAUGGCGGCAACGGUACCAGCGUGUGCGCGAUCGAAUGGCAGCGCAUCAUUGGGCUUGAUAUGAACACGACGAAAAUUGGGACCAAGCUGCUGCUCAAAGGAGUAGCUGUCAAGGAUGGUUGCUUGUUGUUGACGCCUCAAACGGUCGUCGUGGAAGGCGGAUGUGUGCGGGAGAAAGACCAAGUGGCGGAAGACAGAUUUAUCGACAAGCUACGAUCUCAGCUUGGAAAACCCCCGCAGAGCGAUACACCGGCCGAUGGCGAAAGAGUUGCUAUCACACCGACACAUGGCGCUGCACCAAGAAGCGAGAAAGUCGAAGAUUUCAGACGCGGUUCCAGUCCGGACGAAGACGAGUGUGAGCUUCUGGCAGCGCUCGAAGCUGAAGAAGAGAUCAUGACCGCCGCUUCCUCUUCAAAACGACCGACUGUAUCGACAAAUACGGCGUCCAGCUCGACAAACAAAGACACUGGCAACGCCCAAUCCAUCAUCAUAUCGGAUUCAGCACUGCCGCCUCCAACAGGGCGGCGGCCAGCAACACUGAUCGUGCCCGAGGGCAUGACGCAAAGCUCGGGUGGCAAGGUUCGGAGCCAACGUGCGGCUGAUGCGCCACCUAAAACGCAUGCGACACAGGAAGAUCCAAUCUCUCUGAUUGACAGCGACGAUGAUGACUUGUUUGCUUCAAUUCCAGACAGUAUUCUCGGCGGCACAGGCUCAGCGGGAAUGGGAGGGUUUGAAAGGUCUCAGCAAGGAGAUGGCAGACAGAGCAGCAGCAUGCCACCAAAGGCUCUCCACAGCUCUCGCGAGGAGCCGAUUGUCAUCGAGUCUUCGCCUGAGCCGUAG